CUCGGCACCACCAACCAACCAACAAGUAGACAAGCAAGCAGGCGAACAGACUCAAUCGAGUGGCUUGCUUGCUUGCUUGAAGCCCUCACAAACCACAUAUCGUCACACAGACAAAUAGACAGAUAAACAAAUCGGCUAGUAUACACCACCGCCAACAUGGUUUUGACCGGCCUUGCAUCCAUCAUCCUCCGCGCCGCGGAACUAGUAUUCGCUACUAUUGUCGCGGGUAUCAACGGAUACUACCUCCAUCAUGUCCAGAACGCAUCAAGCUGGAGCCAGGGACGCUUCAUAUACACCGAAGUCGUCGCUGGCAUUGCCAUUUUCUUUUCUCUCAUCUGGCUAAUCCCCUUUUCGUCGGGCUUCAUCCACUACCCUCUCGACUUCCUCAUCUCUAUCACUUGGUUCGUCGCGUUUGGCCUGCUGGUGUCGUACCUCGAUGGUGCAUGCGGUGCCGUCUUCAACUGGUCUAAUAUUGCUUUCCGAAACAACCAGUGCGGCGAGUGGAAGGCUAUCAUUGCCUUCUCUUUCCUCUCCGCUAUCUGCUGGCUCGUCUCGGGUAUUGUUGGCAUCAUCUGGGUUCGUGACCGUGAAAGUCGAACCUACCGCCGUCGUGCUUGGAGCAGCCGAUCACGCGUCUAAAGCUUGCAGCAUGCAACUCGACAAUGUAACAGUCUCUACCUCACGUUGAGCCGCGACCGUUUAUACCCUUUGGAUUAUGGCAUAAUGAAUAUAAUGAA